UUUAUCUUUCUUAAAAGUAAAAAUAUAAAAAAAAUAAUUCAAUGACCACCACAUCCGCGUUCACACCUACGAUGAUGCCUAUCUUCCACACUUGUUAGACCAAACCAGGAGAAAAGCUGUCUCUUUGCUCUUCACCUCUCUCUCAGCAAGAAGAAAUGGCGGGGUACAAAGGUGACGAUGAGUACGAUUACUUGUUCAAGCUGGUAUUGAUUGGGGAUUCUGGGGUGGGAAAGUCGAACCUGCUUUCCAGGUUCACCAGGAACGAGUUUAAUUUGGAGUCCAAGUCUACCAUCGGCGUCGAGUUCGCCACCAAGACUUUGACCGUUGAUUCCAAGCUCAUCAAAGCUCAGAUUUGGGACACUGCUGGCCAAGAAAGGUACCGUGCCAUUACAAGCGCAUACUACCGAGGGGCUGUUGGUGCUUUGCUAGUGUAUGAUGUCACUCGGCAUGCCACAUUUGAGAAUGUAGCAAGGUGGUUGAAGGAACUGAGGGACCAUACUGACCCCAACAUUGUAGUGAUGCUCAUCGGCAACAAAUCAGACCUUCGCCAUCUGGUGGCUGUCUCAAAAGAGGAUGGUAAAUCUUUUGCCGAAAGAGAGUCCCUUUACUUCAUGGAAACUUCUGCGUUGGAAGCAACCAACGUAGAAAGUGCAUUUACCCAAGUCUUGACUCAAAUAUACCGGGUGGUAAGCAAGAGGGCAGUCGAGGCAGGCAACAGUGGAAGCGCUUCUGCUGUUCCGUCUAAAGGACAGACCAUAAAUGUCAAAGAUGAUGGUUCUGUUUUCAAGAGAAUUGGAUGCUGCUCAAACUAGAAAUGGUAAUUUUCGUGCUUUUCUUUUUCGGGCUUUUCUUUUAUCCCGCUACCUGUAUAUGAUCAACGGAAUCUGUCUUUAGAAUAAAAAAAACUAGUUUUUCAGAUACAUUGCUGGCUAAAUUGUCUAAUAGGCCAGGCCAGGGUCUGUAUAUUGAACGUUGGGUGGGUUCGUUUCCUUGUAUACCCGCACUUGUGGCCGCCGGAUCAUAUUUCGUAGCUUGUUAUAGUAUUUUAGCUUCAUUUGUGUA